UUGGUCGUCAGCAUCGGACGUGCGUCGCGGAAUAUUGUAUAUUUAUAUUCAAUUGUUGAAAAUCGCAGCGGAGCGUGCGGCGUGCGUAAAAUAACUAAAUAAAAUCAAUGCAGAAAGUACAAAUGACUGUCGCCGAAGUAACUCAUUAAAACAGUUUACGCAGACAUGAUAAGUACGCACCAUUAAUACGGGCCACAACAGGGCAAACAUAAUUAAUGACGCUGCUGUAAAGUGCGUGCCUGUGUUAAAAAAAAAAAAAACAAAAACAAAACGAAAUUAAUUGCAUUUCAAGCAUUUUUAAAUACGCAUCGAGUGCCGCUGUCAAUCGGCUGGAUUUUCUGCGGUUUCAUUGGGCGAACAUAAACAACACAGAGCUCUGAAUCUGAACUUAAGUGGAGUGUUGUGAGUGUGGCCAGCGUUUCGGUGGGUCGCUUGUUGUGCGCGCAAUUUCCGGUUUCCGCUUCCGCCGGAGCAACGUCCGUGUCCGGCCGACUAGGCGCAACAUUAAUUUGCCAACGCCAAAAGAGUAAUAACAACAAAAGAAAAAAUAAACCGAGUUAUUUGGCCAAAAGAUAAACAAAACAGAAGAGUGCUAAAUUUCCGUCUUAAGAGUAGACUUAAGUUCCCGUAAUAAUUUUGGGAAAUCUUUAAAUAUACGGAACAUCAAGUGAAUAUUUCUUCGUGCUAGAAACGGUUUUAAAAGUGAUACCGACUUAACAGAUUCCUCUACAAAUAGUACACAUGUGCCAACCUGAAAGCUGAGCGGUUUCGGACGGAAAAAAACGUCGAACAGGAAAAUCCAUACAACGAAUUUCGGGAUAAGUGAUGAAGUCAUGAGACCGACAUUCGAUCGACGCCUCUGGAUAUUAUUGUUCAUUAUUUCAGUACAAUGUACCACCUAUACACAACCACAGAAUAUCAACGCCAAGUCAGUGCAGAAGACAAAGCCCGCCGAGCGUGGAGAAGCCAUCAGCAGGAGCAGCAGGAGCAGCAGCAGCAGCCUCAGCUGGCCAAGCAUAUCAGCCGUAUCGGCCGGCGAGUCAGUUGACCACCGCGGCGGCAUUGGUAGGCCGGAAAAAUGCGGCAAAAGCUGCCAGAAGGCCAAGGCCAAGUGGGCCAAAUGGCGGUCGCAGUUAAAGCCACGUCACCAGUAUCAAUCCCAGUCCAAAUCCCAAUCCCACCGGUCGGUGCUGCACAAGGAGGCCAGGCGGAGACAGCGCCGCGAGACUGAGGAGGAGCUACUGGACUCCAUUUUGAGCUCCAGCUCGACCAGCACAUCUACGGCCAUGGCCACCACUGUGCAGGCCACCAGCUCGAGUUCCCCGAGCACCAGGAGCUCGUUGAUCAACGACACCCGGGCCAAGCGGCCGCGAUCCACGCUCCAUUUGGCGCCCGAGGAUAUGCAGCCCAAGCCCAAGGAGCCGGUGAUCAUCAUCGACGACGUGGAGGAGUUCGAUAGUGGCAGCACCAGUACCAGCGACUUGAUCGCGCGGAAGAGCCGCGAGGAGGCGGAGGCAGAGGCGGAAGAGGAGGAGGACGAGGGUCCGCUGGAGCCGCGGGUCCUGCCGCUGCGACCAGUGCCGCCGAAUCCCUACGAGGCCGAGGAAAUGUCCGUGGUCUACGCCGAGCAGCACUCCGAGAUCAAGCUGAUGUGCGAGGUGGACCUGGACAUCGCUACCAGCAUGUGGUACAAGAAUGGCCAGGUGGUCCACGCCAUGGACCGCACGUCCCGCGUCACCGACUACCGCUUCAUCAAGGAGGCUAAUGGCGCACUAACCAUCACCAAUGUCAUGCUCGAGGACGACGGCAAGUGGCAGUGCGAGGCGGAGAACACCAGGCGCUACACGGAGAACGCCCGACCCGUCAAGCUGGUCGUCCUGGAUCGUCCCAAGCCGCCGUAUCUGCUGAUCGACUCGCGCCGCCUGGACGCCAGCAACUUGUUCGUGCCCGUGAAGGAGAACUCCGAGCUGAACCUGGCCUGCGUGAGCGAGGGCGGCAAUCCGCGACCCACGCUCACCUGGGAGGUGCUCCUGAGUCCGGGCGUGGACCGGCAUGCCCAGAAGGUGUCCGCCGAGGUGCUGGAGCUGGAGGAGAUCAAGGGCGAGAAGUUGGACAAAGACGGCUACAAAAUCAACAGUGGGGCGAAGAGCGAGGCCCGACUACCGGCCGUCUAUAGAGCCCAUCACAACGCUCGGAUACUGUGCGUCAUGGAACAUCCCACGCUGAAGAUUCGCCAAAACGCCUCGCUUCUGCUGGAUGUGCAAUACACGCCCUCCUUCGCCAUCUCGCGCACACCUGGCUUCGGUUAUCCACUCCGCGAGGGCAUCGAAGUUAGCCUCAAGUGCGACGUCGACUCCAAUCCCCCGAGUACUCCCCGUUGGCAGAAGGACGAUGGUGACACGCCGGUGCCGCAAACGGGCGAUGGUUUCCUCAACUUCACCUCGAUAAGGCGUGAACAUUCCGGCUGGUACAAGUGCACGUCCCGGCACCUCAACUUCCAGUACUCGUCGAUUGGCUAUUACCUCAGCGUGCGAUUCGAUUCGGUGGAUGUGACCUCGGAGCCGGAUGAUCAGGAUGUUUCCGUGGCAGCUGCCUCGCACAAUCCCAACAAGGGGCAGCUGGAAGUGCAGCUGGGCGGAGCGGUUACCCUGCAGUGUCCACAAGGCUCCCUGGGCUGCUGGUCGCACUUGGACCCCAUUUCGGCCCGAUUGCGUGGCCUUGGCUAUGGCAGCAGCCAGCCCAUCGGCCAGUUCUCGCUGAAGGACGUCAUGUACCAGGAUGCGGGCAUGUACAAGUGCGUGGGCCAGUCCCCGACUAACAAGAAGAAGCUGGAGGUCCUGCAGAGCGUCACGGUCUCUGUGAAGGGCGCACCCACAGUAAUGGCUCUCAAUGCCACGCCCAUCGCCUAUCCGGGAUCGCCUUUGCACCUCAAUGUGGAGUUCUGCGCCAAUCCGCCGGCCCAUGCCGCCCGCUGGCUGCACGGAGAUCGGGUCUUCACGCCCGGCAACCAGUACGGCACCACAGUGCUGGCCUACGCGGUGAAGGAUCUGCCCACGCCCUUCUGCAAGGAGGCGCGACUGACGUACGUGAGCAUGCACGAACGUGUGCCAAGGACCUUCUACUUCAUAGUGUCCACACCGGGCGGCGUUGCCGAGGCGGUCUUCAACGUGAACUUCACGAAGCGCCAUCGACAGCUGUCCAAUUCGAUUGAUGAUGACGACGAGGAGGAGGAGCUCAAUCGGCCGGAGCAGAUCCACUUUCCCGUCUUCAGCGGUUGCCCCGCCAAUGGGCGCGGCGGGUGGGCGACGGCUGCGGCCCUGGUUUUCGGCCUGGCAAUUAGAAUCAGGCAUUAGACUUAGAACGGAUCGUGUGAGAUUUAGUGCUGAAUGAAUGAUUUCUUUGGGAGUGACUGAUGCGUUUAUUACACCGAAUGUUCUAUGUAACCUAACCCCCUUAUGGCUAAGCAUACGUAUGGAUUUACCCAACUACUCGACAUUACCAAGUGGACUAUGCUACACAACUACUACUCUUUAUAGCAAUAUGUAUGUGUAUCUGUAACCGAUUUAGCCAAGCAUCAAAAUUGCCCUAGGCUAAGAUCCCAGGCCCAUCACUAUCCUUAAAAAACAAACACUUUUCUAGAACCCCUCCCUCAAAAAGGAAUAGACUCUUUAACCCUAAGCUAUUCAAAUAUUUUUACUGUAACCCCUAGCUGUAACUGUAACUGUAACUGUAAACGUAACUGUAACUGUAACGGUAACUGUAACCUUAUCGCUGUAUGUCAAUGUGUAUGAGUGUGCGCUUAACUUAAAUGCCAAAGCCAGAAAUCGUAAGGACAAGUUUACAAUUCUUUGGAAAAACAUUGUUAAACGUUGAUUAUUACGAAUACUUUAUGUUCCUUUUCGAUGACGAAGAGAGAUCGAGAAAGCGACUGAUUUUGUUAAAUAUUUUCAAAAUGUUUAGUACUAAAAGCACAAGGAGAAGAACUUAUAGUUUAUUAUUGUAAAUGAAGAAACGACAGACGAAGUAAUACUUACCAGGCACGAACAAAUUCCUUCCAUUUGAACAAAAUUUGCCCCAGAGCAAAGAAACUGUAAGAUAUUUUGGGAAAUGAAAUUAAGCGAAUGAUCAAAAGAGUUUUAACCUAAAACAAAUUUGGGUUCUAUUAAGCAUUAAAUCGCACCUUAUGGUUUUCUAUGAUUUUCCAAUCGUUUAAAAGGACCAAAAACAAAUCGUUUCCAUUUACUACGAAUAUUUUUAUAACACAAAAGUAAGCAUACUUAUGGCCCCAAAAACAAAUGAGAGACCCUCCACAUAAGCGAUAAUUGUAUAUAAAUGUUCAAGUAGAGAAUUGCUCAACCCUAAGGAGAAAACCAAAUAUUAAAAAUAUGAUAAAAAGUGUUAAAUGUUGUUUGAAAGCAAAAUUAAAGCGAUUUAAAUAUCAUAUGUAGCGGUUCCAUGAGUAAAUUAAACAGUAAUGUAUGUAAUAUAACAGAGUACAGCCACAUAACUAUUCGAUUACUAGCUAUUGUAAAAUAUUUCAGUUUAAAGAUCAAAAAGAGCCGGCAAAAUCGUUUGCUUGCACAUCAUUUUUUGUACAAAGCCCAAGCUUUUGUAAUUUAUUUCUUAGACGAUCUAAGCUUCAGAUUAUUCUAUAUCCUAUGCGCAAUAAAUAUAAUUAUUAUAUAUCGGUAGGCUAAGGGAUCAGUGUAAAAACCAGAAAUACUUAGAAGAACCUAACGCCAAUUUAAGCCACAGCAACAUUACAUUUGCAGAGUUCCAAGAAUUCUGGCAAAGAGCGGAGAGCAUUGUAAAAUGAUAAGUUUAAAUUGAGAUUUAAUUAAUCAUUAAUACGAAUAUACAUAUGUGGAGGAGUAUGCCCGCAAGCAUAUUUGUAUGUGUGUACCCUAUGUAUAGUUCUGUUUAGUGAUUUCGCUCCUUGAGUUUAUUGUCAGCAAAAAUUUGCGAAUUGUAUGAACAAAACAAGCAAACAAACACGUCGUCAUGUUAACUAACAAAUAAAUUACUAAACAAGUGAAUGUGCGAACAGUGCGUACUGUAUUUAUGAUUCAUUGUGUUGGUAAUAUUUACAAAAUAUUAUUUAUAACGAAGCCAACAAGCAACCAACAAACAAACAAACAUAUAUUACUAAAGAAAAUAUUAGCUCCUAAGUGCAACACAAACCGAAUGUGGCAAAUUAAUUUUAAACCAAUGAGUAAUUACGAUACGAGUAUGGGAGACAGAAUGUUCAUCUGUAGUGCAAAAUGUUUGGGAGUAGGGACACUAAUAACCCAUACAAUUACGAAUACGAAUACAAAUACAAAUACAACCAUACGUGUUACAAUAAGCAGAAACGGUUUACAUAUAUAAGUCAUAGGCCCAAGAGAAAUGUAAGCAACCACCACCAACAACCACAAGAAACACUUUUAGCCGUAAACGAAGCCUCGAUGAUGGUAAUGGCCAGAAACUUUAACCGAGGAGCGGAGCAGGCCGGAUAACAGAAUCAGAAUCAAAAUAUAACUCUUAAGCGACCCCGUUCACUGCCCAGCAAUGCAGUAGCUCCGAAUUCUUGGCUAGAGUCAGGCCACCCGGCAAACAAACUGUUACAUUUAAGCCAGAGUCGAAGAGCAAGUGGCCUGGUGAUGGGGGCAGGAAGGUCAGGUCAGGUCAGGGCAGCCUGCCGAGGAAAUUUACAAGUUUAAGUGACAAAGCAACAAAACAAAAUAGCCAAUUUAGCAUAAAGUAAAACACAAGCCGAGAAGAAUGCAAAUAAAAAUGCAGAUAAAAAUGAUAGGCGAGGGGAACGGCAAAAAUAAACCAAACAAAACACCACACACAACACAGAGAAAUGAAAAUGAACAUGGAAUAAAAUUUAAAAGCAGAGAAAUGCAA